AUGUACUCCGCUGAAGAAAGCAGCUCGCGUCAUUGUUUUAUUAUUUUUCCCAUAUUUGUAACGAUUGGUUUUUCCCAUAGCGUUUUACCCGCGCGUCAUGCUGUGCGUAUACUAUGUCGACGAUACGCAUUAACGACUACAGGGUACAAGUAUCUGGAAAUAGGCGUUAACGUUGGACCGCCGAGUUACAUCGAGAUUGCGAUAGGAAAUCAUCGUAGAAACCAACUCGUACUGUCUCCCGAAACGUGGAGGGCACUCUGCGAGCAACGAUCUAACGUUGAGAAAUAUCUUGGCAAUCAGCAGUGCAUGGAUACGUCAUAUUCUAUUGUCGUUGGACCGCUGACGGUGCGAUUUAGCACUCUUGAUAACAUCACGCUUAUACAUAUGGAAGCAUCCAACGUACACUUGGCGAUGACUGCUUCCACAUUCUUCAACAUGCUUAACUUCGAUCGAUGUAUCGAUUUAAUGUUCGCGCGAUUGAUUGGCGUCAUUGAUAGAAUCGACGCACAGUUUCACAAUUUUUCUAAUAUCACGUCCACCGUAUCGAAUAAUAAAAAUGUAUCGAAAAUAAUACGCGAUAGCGAGUGCUUCCAUAAAAACCAACUUGUGGAUUGUGAACUGUUAGCUUUAGUAUUUAAUUAAAAAAUGUAUAAAAACAAAUAAAGCACUGUC